UAACCUCCAUUACGUUCACACCACACUCCCAUCCAAUUUUUCGACCAUUUACUUCUAUAUUAGUGCUCUGUUUUCCCCUGUUUUCUCAUUCACCCCAAACCUGAAACUGAGUUCAUAAUUUUGAUCAUGGCUAAGAAUGAUGUGAAGCUUCUAGGAGCAUGGCCGAGCCCAUUUGUGUUGAGGGCUCAGAUUGCCUUGAAUGUCAAGUCUGUCGAGUACGAGUUUCUGCAGGAGACAAUGGAACCCAAGAGCGAGCUUCUGCUCAAAUCGAACCCGGUUCACAAGAAAAUCCCGGUUCUGCUUCACAAUGAGAAACCCAUCUGUGAAUCUCUUAUCAUUGUGGAAUACAUCGACGAGGCUUGGGCCUCUGGCCCAUCAAUCCUACCUUCUGGUCCCUAUGAGCGCGCUGUUGCCAGAUUCUGGGCUGCUUAUAUUGAUGAGAAGUGGUUCCCCGCGAUGAAAGGCAUCGUUGCUGCUCAAGGUGAUGAGGCAAAGAAGGCAGCAGUCGGGCAAGUGGCAGAAGGUCUAGUGCUGUUGGAGGAUGCAUUUCAAAAGAUUAGUAAAGGAAAGAGUUUCUUUGGCGGAGAUCACAUUGGCUACCUUGACAUUGCACUUGGGGGACUUUUGGGAUGGCUGAGAGUGACUGAGGGGAUGGCUGGGAUCAAGCUGCUUAACGAAACAAAGACGCCGGGGCUGGUCAAGUGGGCUGACAAGUUUGCUGCGGAUCCUGCUGUGAAAGAUGUUAUGCCAGAGACAGAGAAGCUUUCUGAGUUUAGUAAGUUUAUUGCAGCCAAAUUAAGAGCUGCUGCAGCUAAGUAAUCAAUGUUGUGUGAAGCAGUGAUGAGAAUAAAGUGUUUAUGAGAAAUAAUCAAGACCUACUAGCUAGAGUGUUUAUGGGAAAUAAUCAAGACCUACUUGGUUUCAGCAGCCAGCGGUCUUUGUGUCUUUAAAACUCCUUAUGCUACUAGCUAGAGUGUUUAUGGGAAAUAAUCAAGACCUACUCGGUUUCAGCAGCCAGCGGUCUUUGUGUCUUUAAAACUCCUUAUGUAAAGCAGUUGUUAUCAGUUAUUAACUUGUUUUCCUUGCCAAAAAAACACUUAUCUUCCAUAUCCAUCGGUGUAAUCUCAUCAGGUUACUAUGCAAAGAGCUUGGCUUCUUGAUGUCA